UAUUACGAUUCUCUACCCCUAAGGUGAACGUACGGUGACUGUCUAUCUUCUGCUCUCUCCCUCACUCCCCCUCUAUCCAGUCUCCACGGCGGCGAACCAAGGGCUUUGGCUUACAUGGCACCGAAGCGUCCGGCUCCAGCCGACAAGCAGCCGCCACCGGCCGUCUCCACCGACGAGGAGUCCUCUGAGUCCGCAGGGUCCGAGGAGGAAGAAGAAGAAGAAGAUGACGAGUCUUACGACUCCGACGAGCCAAGGGGGUUCCAACAGAAGGCUCCACAACCCAAACCCUCCUCUGCUCCACCGCCGCGUGCUCAGACUAAGCCCCAGAAGCCCGUUUCUUCUUCCGAGCCCGAGUCGGAGUCCGAGUCCGACGAGUCGAAGGGGAACCUGGCUGAAAGCGAUUCGGAGUCCGACUGCGAUGUCACGCAUGUGGCUGCAGCGAAGCCCGUGGAGGGCGAGGGGACCCCAAAGUCCAAGAAACUGAUCCUGAAGCGACCAGCAGCAGAGGAUGCUGCUACGACCCAUUCGAAGAAGUCUAAUGCCGCCUCUCGGAGCAGCCGCAACCCAGGGGAGGAGGGAUCCUCGAAGAAGACGCCCUUCCAGCGGGUUUGGAGCGAUGAAGACGAGAUAGCCUUCCUCGAGGGCAUGAUCGAGUUCUGGGAGAAGAGGGGCGUCGAUCCUAAGUUAGAUAUCAACAGCUUUCAUGAGUUCAUCAAGGGUAGGCUCCACCUGGCCGUUGUUCCGGCACAACUGGCCAAUAAGAUUAGGACUUGCAAGAGGAAAUUCAAGAAUAACCAGGCGAGGGCGAUGAAUGGGAAGGGCGUGAGGCCCAAUGACCGGAGGGCUUACGAGCUCUCCAGGAGGCUCUGGGACUCGGAGGAGGGGAUUAUCGGAGAGAACUCCGUCCCCAAGGCCACCAAGAAGAGGAAGACCUCCACUGCUACUGUUGUCCCGAUGAAGGUUAAAGGCAAGGACAAGAUGGCCGAGACCUGGCACAAUGAUGCCAGCCCAAUGUCCCUCUGCGAGGCUGAGCUGUCUCGUAUUUUGGACGGCCAUCUCAAUGGUAGUUCCUUGAGAAGAGGGCUGGAGCAUAUGAGCGAUUCAAGGAAGGAGAAGAUGGAGGAGGAGUGGGAGAAGCUGCAAUUGGCUGAGCUGCAGGUUCAAGCGAAUCGGGCUCUGAUGAUUCACGAACAUGCAAACUUGAUUAUAAAUGCGUACAAGAAAUAGGAAAAGUGGUACUGUUCGAGUUGGGUAGUAGAUUUUGCUUGGUAGGUUUACUCCGUGCCUCUCACUAUUGGGUAUUUACAUCCUCAAUUUAUAUGAACCACGGGAUUAGUGUCGUCUAUCUGGUGCUAAUGAUCUUAUCGUUUAACUUUUGGAUGUUUGGUUGGGAAAUGUUAUAUAUUGACAUGUCCAGUUUUCGGUUGAAAUGUUAAUUGACUAGCCUUUUUGAUCUGCUUA